AUGAAUGGCAAUCUAAGCAACGGAGACCAGCAAGCCUCUGUGCGGCUUUCCGAACUUGCUAAUCUCCGACGCAGUGUUCCUUCCGAUGAACAGCAAUUCGAGGAUACGAGUAUGGGUAUGCUUACUGCACUUGCGGACAAACAACGUGCAAAGAGUAAUGACACAAUACAGCCAUUUUCUGGCACUGCUGACGAGCUCCGAUUGAAAAAAAAAAAAAAAAAAAAAAAAAAAAAAAAAAACCUGUUUUCCUUCAAAGCUCCUGUUGGUUGUAAUCCUUGUAAUCCCCAACAUAUCUUUGACAUUGGAAUUGGUCACGGCUCCUGGGCAAGUGAUGUUGCUGUUGUCUACCCACAAGACAAUAUUCAAACCCAAACGCUCUUGUUCGUGGCGUUGACCUGCUUCCGCCCCUGUUUCCUGGGUACCACCAAACUGUAUCUUCGAAGUGAACGAUAUCUUACGGGAUUUGACCUGGGCUCAACCUUUGAUCUGAUACACAUGCGAAUCCUCGACGCCGCUUUCACCCAGGAAGAAAGAGGAAACUGGAUCAGCAAUGCUAUGAGUGCGCCAUUCAUUUCUUUUAUUGUUUUUGUUCAUAUGGUGGAUGCUAAAUUAGAUUGGCUUAGGAGUCUUCACCCGGGUGGUUGGUUUGGGCAGCUUCAACUAUCGCCUAUGUUUUUCAGUGAUGACGAUUCACUGCCUGCGGGUGGGCUGAGACAACAACGACUGCGGGUGCUAAUUUCGGCCGCCAAUUGGAUUUUUAUUAUCAAUGCGACGAGCACAUGA